UCGGCUUAUGGCAGCUGAGUUGAAAGGAAGAACUGAAGCUGGUACGUUUGAGAAACGAAAGGGUGGGGGGCAGUGUGGUGUUUUAACAUAAGGAAGCAAAUUGGCAUCAGCUGGUGGCAGGCAGUGGCAAGAAGAAACGAGGAGUAAACGCACUAAGGGGAAAUCUGCAGUGGAGAAUUGUGCAGUAGUGUGCAUGCAGGUUUGCAAAGUGGGGCCCAGAGAGUGCAACAAGGUCUUUGAACAUUUUUAAUGAGACUUCCCCUAAAGGCACGUCACGCCUCAGCUGCAUUUCUGGGAAUUCAUGGACAAGAGACGAGGAAAAAUGAGAAAUAAACCUAAUUUAAAAAUCUCAGAUGAAGUCUUCAAACAGCCAGUUACCAGCCCAACACCACCGAGAGAUCUGGAUUCAAAGGCGUGCAUUACAAUUGGAGAUCGAAACUUUGAGGUGGAAGCUGAUGAUUUGGUACCUAUCAGUGAGUUGGGCCGAGGAGCGUAUGGAGUGGUGGAGAAGGUGCGACAUACCCCCAGUGGAACCAUAAUGGCUGUGAAGAGAAUUCGAGCAACUGUGAACAGCCAGGAACAAAAGCGAUUGCUAAUGGACCUUGAUAUUUCAAUGAGAACUGUGGAUUGUUUUUAUACAGUCACAUUUUAUGGAGCACUGUUUCGUGAGGGCGAUGUGUGGAUAUGUAUGGAGCUACUGGACACGUCACUGGACAAAUUUUAUAAAAAAGUGAUUGAGAAAGGAAAAACAUUCCCCGAGGAUAUUUUGGGAAAAAUAGCUGUGUCUAUUGUGAAAGCAUUGGAACACUUGCAUAGCAAGCUUUCUGUGAUUCACAGAGAUGUAAAACCUUCAAAUGUUCUCAUCAAUAAGGAAGGGCAUGUCAAAAUGUGUGACUUUGGAAUUAGUGGAUAUCUGGUGGACUCUUUGGCUAAGACUUUGGAUGCAGGCUGCAAACCGUACAUGGCUCCCGAGAGGAUUAACCCAGAUCUGAAUCAAAAAGGAUAUAAUGUGAAGUCUGAUGUUUGGAGUUUAGGAAUCACGAUGAUUGAAUUAGCUAUUUUACGUUUUCCCUAUGAAUCCUGGGGUACACCAUUCCAACAGCUGAAGCAGGUUGUGGAAGAACCCUCUCCCCAGCUACCAGAUCACUUCUCUAAGGAAUUUGUAGAUUUCACGGCGCAGUGUUUAAAGAAGAACCCUGAAGAUCGUAUGAACUACAUUGACCUUAUGCAACAUCCCUUCUUCAAAAUACAUGACGCUAAUGAAACAGAUGUGGCUUCAUUUGUUAAAGAGGUUUUAGGAGAUGAUCCUAUCUGAAGUCUGAGUGAAUAAUAAAUGCAUUGUUGAUUCCUUUUUGUUCCUGCAUCAUCCAAUGGAAUUUCCAUUUAAGAAUGAACUUAGUUAAAGCAAGGCAUUGGAGUUUAUGGCUGUUUGUGCGAAUUGAUCUAUGCUUGACAGAAAUCUCUCUGCUAUAUCCAGGAGAUUCUGAGAGGUGUGUACUUGUACCCGAGUGAUCAUCACUAAAGCUGUUACUAGCUGUAUGAUCCAAUAUGAGAUUCUGCAGAUUAAAAGCAGAUCGAAGUCCAGUCCCUCCUGGGUGUAGGGGAGCAGAGAAGUCCAGUGUAAGUUAGGCCUGGAGAUGGCAUAAUCUUUGCUGCUGUUCCAGACCCUGCUGUUUCUUUCUUUUUAAUGUAUCCAUGCCCAAGCAGCCAUAAACUCUUAAUUCUACUCCUUGCCGGAAAGAUGUUGGCCAUUGUAUAUAUUUAAGUGAGGGUACUGCUUAUGAGAAGCAGAAUAAUGAAAAUAGACCUUAUUUUUGACAAGCAUUCAUCCUCUUGAUGGUAUGUAUCUUUCAUUUGUUGCCUGGGUUUUAAUUUUUUUGUGUCACUGGGGUUUAAACGUGUAGCACUUCAGAAGCCAGCAAGGAUCUCAAAGAAGACCAGUUACUGUGAAAGCUAGCAGAGUUAAGGCAACCAUCUGUGAAAAGAUGCAUGAUAUAAUGGUAACUAUGCAAUGGUAACUAAUAGUCCUAACAAGUAAGUGAAGAAAGAUCUUCCCCGACAUUUGUUGCAUGGCUAUCAGUUUCUAAUGUCUCAAAGAGCACACUUGGAUACUAGUAUCCAUGCAACGGGGAAUUAAUUGGGAUAACAAUCAGAAUAUCUACAAAACUAUUUAUUUCUAAAAUAGCAAAAAGAUUUCCACAAAAUAAUUCAGACCAGCAAGCAGUAUUGAGCUACAACACUGAACGAUGAGUGCUUGUUUCUGCUGCCACAUACAAGAGUUCACACUUGUUUUUUUUCUGAAUACGGGGAUAGGAAGCUGCUGAGCAGAAGCUAAACAUGUUUCUACAUCACAGGUAAUUGAAGGACGUGUUUGACUUUGUAUGUUCCAACAUACCGUAGAUCCCAAUGUCAGCACUGACGUGGCAUGUUGUUUGCCAUAAUAUUGGGUGUUGGCAAAUGGUAGGUGUAUAGAGAUACAGUUUUAUGAGUAGAUGCAGCAAUAAAUAAAAAGGGGAAACAAAAUAACACAAAUCAUUUACAUAAAUUGGAAAAAUACGCAAAAAUGGGAACAAACUGGAUCCUGUUGUCCUUUUAGGAUUUAAAUUUUGUGGUAUCCCAAUUUUCCAAAAAGUAGUUCAGAGAUGAUUAAGAUAAAAUCAUUGCUUCAUGGUUAUUGCACCAUUUUAUUGUGUAAAACUUAAAAGUAUCAUCUGCUUGUUUUAUAAGCUUCAAGUAUUCGGUCAUUGUACAGAGCUUACAUAGUCCUUUGCACUUUUAGAUCUAUGUUUAAGCACCCCUGACUAGAUGCAUACUAUAAGGGGUUGGGAUUGCUGUGAUGCUUUUUUUUAAAAAAAAGAGCACUGUCUUUAUAAAAGAUUUAGAUGUGAUAACCUGAAAGUGUGCAACAACUGUUUCAACUGCAGAAGAAAACUCCUACCUUUAUGAAUUGCAUUUGUAUAAGGCUGCAGAUAUCCAAAAAAAUUUCCAUGCAUGAUCCUUUUAUUUAAUGAAAACUCUAGCACACUCACAUAAUCUACAUUGGAUUAUGUCUUGGUCUCAUCUCAUUAAUAUGUACAGUAGCAAACUUUUAUUAUUUAAUAGUACUGCAUGGAUUCCCUUGGUUCCUUAGUUAGUUAGUGCUGAACUGAAACAGAUGGUUGUAAAGUCCCAGGUUUGUUAUCCAGAGUGUACAGUGAGUUAAUCUUGGCCAAGGAUGGUGGGAAGAUUACUAUUUAUGAAGCAGGUUAAGCUUUUAAGCAUCAAGUUCAUAAAUAUUUUAGUUAAUCACUUACUGAUAAGUUAGACAAUGGGUUUUAAGAUAACUCAAUGUGUUUUAUCUUUUUAGUAAUUGAGCAACCAAGACUGCUUGUCCAGUAUCCAUUUUAAUGCUGAAUUAAUAGCAGUAGAGGGUGAUAAUCAUCUAUUACACUCUCCGUAUUUGGAGUCUGGACUUAAGUGAGGGGUCAUCUAACAACUUCCCUGCAAAGUUUGGCAGGAUGACUGCAGUCAAGUAACUUGCCAAUGUUAUGGUUUAUACAAAAGCCAUAACCAAUUGCACUAGCAACACGUCAAGCCUGUUGAAUCAUGUGUCCCUAUAAAAUGUGAUUCUCAAAAUGGAUUCCAUCCAAAAUUUGGUUGUGAUCCCAAAGUACGCCACAGACACAGGCACAAAUUUAUUUUGUGGAUAUUUGGUUACCAUCGGUGAGCUAUAGGCAGAUACGAUCCUGACUGGGGAAGGAUGGGUUUGCUGGUGCCAGCUGUGACGAGUUUGGUUUAAGUGGUUGUGGAUGUGGUGAAUGCACCACAUUGGAUUAAGAUGUAACAAGGGGUCUGAGGAACCUACAGAUUUAUCCAGGAGAAAAAUUCCUGAAACUUGAUGGUCUCGCAAGCAGCUGAAGACAUAGACCAUAGUAUACAAGUCAAAUUCUGCCAAGAUUCAUUUAGUAAAGGAUGGCUUGAAGCACAAUUUGAACAAAUGCAAAGCAGCCACUGCCACCUUUGGGCAAGCUCUCUGGACAUGGACUUAAAAGUCAUAACGGAUGUGGUAGCUGGCAUAGAAUGUGUGUGCAAAUGCAGCCUGCUAAUUUGCACCCUCCACCAUCAUACAAUUUUAAAACGGGCAUUGCACAAUCCAAUUUUUAGACCCCUAUUUUUACGACAUUGGGCAAAUAAAAGCAUUUGUUGCAAUCCUUUUAAAUAUAGUUUAAUUCCCGGUGAUGUUAUUUUAUACUUUAAAUUUUGCCAAAGAAAAUAUUUUUAAAUUCUGCAUGGGUAUGGAAUAUACUUGUUAUGAAUAGAUGUAUGGAGAUUCUAAUGUGAAUGUUGUUUAGUUUAUUGUAGGUUUGUGUCACACUGAAAUGUACAGUCUGGGCAACCUGCUUAUUGUAACUGUCACCAAUUAAUUCUUUAGUUUCCAUUGGUUUUAAAGAUAAUUUUGGGAAUUGUGUGGGACAUUAAUAAUAUAUGUAGCUUUACAUUUCAAAACGUACUUGAAGCUUCAUCAUUUACAUUUUGUAAACUAUAAACUACUAAGGUAUUUAACAUGGCUACAUUCAGCUGUAUAUAGUUCAUAGAUACUUAAAAAAUUUACCUUUUUAUGAAAUUAUAGAGGAAUAAUUUUACAUGAAUUCUUUUCUACUUCAGAAUGGAAAUAUACUUGCAAAAGGUCUUUGAGGAUUUUUAAAGAAUUCUGUAUUUUGGGUCCCCAAACCUAACACAGGGAAAGUACAAUUUGCUACGUUUGCAACAGUUCUGCUUUAAUGUAAUACUUCAGCAACCUGCCAACUUCACACAUUUUCUAUUAUGUGGGCAUAUUUAUAACUAUUUCUCUAUAAUUGAACUAGAUAUUCAGAAUUGGCACCUUUAUUUGUGAUGAAGUGGGAAACCGAUACUUUUAUCUGGAGGUCAAAUUAACACCAAAACAAGAGAUAUUAAAGCCAAAGAUGGUAUAGCAAUGACCACUAAUAACCUGUGUUCACUUGAUGGAAACAGAUGUAUGGUAAAUGUGCUUUAUGACUAUUAAUAAAACACUAUUUACAUGGAAUUUGAUAUACAAAACCUUUUGAUGUUUUAGAAAUUACAAUCAUGCAUUAUUGCUGUUAUUAUUGAAUAUUGUUAAAUAUUCUUUUUGCUGGUUGCUUCUGAAACACCAAUGACUGUAAGAAAGUAAAGGAGUUUGCUUUAUCAGAGUAUCCUGAGUCGAGUUCUUCAACUGGCAUAAAACCAUUGGAAUUGGAUUUUGAAGCUGAGUCAUUUGCCCAUUACUUUUUUGAUAGACAUUUUUUAGAAACAUAAAAAGCCUACAGCACAACACAGGCCCUUCGGUCCACAAAGCUGUGCUGAACAUGUCCUUACUUUAGAAAUUACCUAGGGUCACCCCUAGCCCUCUAUUUUUCUAAGCUCCAUGUACCUGUCCAGGAGUCUUUUAAAAGACCCUAUCGUGUCUGCAUUUAGCACAGUCGCUGGCAGCCCAUUCCACACACUCACCACUCUCUGCGUUUUUUUUUUAAAAACAACAACAACUUGCCCCUGACAUCUCUGUACCUACUUCCAAGCACCUUAAAACUGUGUCCUCUCAUGUAAGCCAUCUCAGUCCUAGGAUAAAGCCUCUGACUAACCAUAUGAUCAAUACCUCUCAUCAUCUUAUUUACCUCUCACGCUCCGUCGCUCCAAGGAGAAAGGCCAAGUUCACUCAACCUAUUCUUAUAAGACAUGCUCCCAUUUUAUUUAAACUUAGGACUGAGGAGGAUAGAUUGAAGAAGUUUUCUGUGUACGGUGUAGAAGAUUUCAGUCUUUUAUCACGUUAUUCCUAAUGGAGCUGAUCUCUCUGGUAACAAAUCAUUAGUAAGUUCUGAUGUUCUACUAAUGAUGUUGAGUUAAGCUCCAGUUUAGUGAUAAUGACAACCAAAAGCUAGGAUGCAGAAAGUGUCAUUAUAUGGGACUGAGGGUUUCUGCUGGCUGCCUUCUGCAGAAGGCAAUCUAUUGAUUUCAAACAAUGAAUGCUGAUUUCCUAAAUGAUCUUCCUUAUCCCUUUCUAGUUUUACUGCAGCCAACAAUCCUUCAAUGUUUUCCUUCCUUUUGCUGAUAAGGAAUUUUAAGUUACACUGAAAAAUAAAACAGAAGUAAUCCUCAAGGAUAGGGUUGUAGUUAUAAGGCACAAAAAUAGGCCCUUGGUCUACCUAAGCAGAGAGCAAAAAGGCGGGCUCCUUUUAUUUGAUCACCUGAAGAGCCACAACAGGCCGUGAAUGCAACUGUGGCAAAGUGCUCAAAAUGUUGGCUUAACUCUUCCUUUUCUUAUGCAUUGUUGCAGCUAUUAAUAGCAAACAGCUCCCAUCUAAUGACAGAGUUCGCAGGCAUUUGUAUCCUAUUUUAUUGGGAGCUAGAGUUAUGACAGCAUAGCUAGUUAAGAGCAUAUUUGGAAGUGUGUUGCUCUAAUCAUUGCAUCGUGUGUAGAGCCUCAUUGGGCAUAUGCUGAAAGAAAGUCCACUAAUCUGAUCUGGGAUGUUGCGAUUUGCUUUCUCAUUGUAUUUUAAUCCAAUAUUGCAUUGUUUUGACACUGUACAUUUUGUAUUUUGCUAAUUGGUUAUCUUGCUAAAUGUGUGCUAGUAAUGUAACUGGGAUGUAUGUCCAAGGAUAAAUGGAGUGCCAGUUCAGUAGCUUUUAUACAAAUCUGUUCUCUUCCCCAAUGUUGCCCCAUCCCCACAUGUAUUCAAAAAUAAAGACUUUUUGUAAUAUA